AAGCGACGCUUGUGGUGCGGCGCAGCUCCACCUACUGGCAGUUUCGCGAAAUUAUAUUGCUAUGCACAAGUUCACAAGACGAGCAAUGAGGACGUCUCAAAAACCCGUUUUUUCGGCGAUGUUCUGAAGUAACGGUCUGAAAGCCGGACUUGUCUGUCAAGGGCUUUGAUCGCGAGCGUGUGCCCGCCACAACCUGCCGUAUUGGAUAUAUAAUACAUCUUCAUGAGUAGCGCUACUUUGGCGUCACGAUGUCUUGGAAAGCUUUCUGUGUCUGUGUUUUGCUGUUUUUUGAAAAAACGAGAUCUGCAGUGUUCCCGACAGAGUACUUUCCACCCAGACAAUCAAGAGUAGACGCACACUCGACGUCUGAUCGUCCCUGGAUUUCUCCAGCAUACCAAGAGUGGUACAAGAGGGCGACGGGAUACAGUGUGUCAGAAAGACGCCAGAGUGCAUUCAGCUCAAUCUGGAAACAUUACGCUUCCGUUCUACACGGGAUUAAUACAAUUUACCAAAGCCUUGAAUCUCACCGAAUAUUUAUUGGUAUCAAGCUAGUUGAUAUUCAAGUCGUCGGGCCCGAAGCCAUAUGGAAGUCUUCAUAUUCUUAUACACGAAGAGGAAAAGCCAAAAACGUCAUAGCGUCCGAAGUGGCGCUGGACAAUUUUUACCGCUGGUGCCAAAAGCAGACAUCUUUACCGUCUUUUGACCACGCCCUGCUUAUAACGGGAUAUGAUCUCAUGCAAAAUGGAGACACAACAAAAUCAGGUAGAGCCUAUCUCGGAACGAUAUGCACGGCGGAAAGUGUCUCGAUAGUCGAAAACGAUUUCAGCUCAGAAAUUAUACAAAUAUCAGCUCAUGAACUAGGACAUAGUCUGGGAGCUAAGCACGAUGGGGAGUUUAACCGCUGUCAUGACGUAGACGGCUUUUUAAUGGCGUCCGUUCAGGAGAUCAACUCAACCAAUCGCUGGAGCUUUUCGUCGUGUUCCGUGGAAUAUAUACAAACCAAGCUGUAUUAUCUAAAAAGAAAGGGAAAUAACUGUCUCCAGAGGACUGAUCACACGAUAUCGAGUUCACCAAUCGGAGGAGGAGGCGGCGGCUACAUGUCACUGGGUCAGCUCUACACCCCGGAUGAACACUGUCAGCUCAUAGAGGGGAAGGACUCAUAUUUUUGCAGGGAUUUCUACUCGAAUGCCGCGGACUACAGCCAUAUUUGUUUCAACAUGUGGUGUCACGUGGCAGACUACAAGAGAAACAUCUGUAACAAUUACGAAGGGUCGGACGGUUACAUCUGCGGUAACAAGAAGAUUUGCAGAAAGGGCGCAUGCGUGUUUGACAAGGACGUUCCCGCUGUCUUAGAUUUCUGCCCGCAAGGUGAUCAGCCAGGAAUCAUAUGGAACAAUUAUACCUGCGCAGAACUGGUGCGCCAUGAACCGGAAAUGUGCUAUGACAGAAAUACACGCGUUCGCUGCUGUCAGUCAUGUUAUUCCAUCAAUACGCAAGUUCAAGGCUGUGAAUAUGGAGACAGGAGUUCCUGGUGCAGGACGGAUCUGGUGAUUCCAACCGGUUGCUAUAGCAACGAGCAGCUGUGCUGUGAAACGUGUAGCAAGUUAAAGGACCUUGCCAACCCAACUUGCCCGUUUGGAGACAAAAGCACGUGGUGUAUGGCGUCACUAAAGCCGCCAUACGAAUGCUACGACAACGAAGACCUUUGUUGUGGGACCUGCCAGAAAUACCGUAAUUCUUCUAAUAUAGGGUGCGAGUACGGGGACAAGAGCACGUGGUGUCGAAAUGACCUUCAACCUCCACACAACUGUUACAAGAACAGCGACCUCUGCUGUGAAUCAUGCGCCAAGUUCUACAACCCAUCCUUCCCAGGAUGUGAAUACGGGGACAGAAGUAAGUGGUGCACGACCACCAUGGAGAAGCCAUAUGGAUGCUACGUGAACCAGGAAUUCUGUUGUGGAACCUGUGCUAAAUGGUUCAAUGCCUCACAAGUAGGAUGUGAGUAUGGUGACAAACACGUGGACUGUUCUGUUAUACAGUACCCUAUAGGUUGCUAUGACAACGAAAACCUGUGCUGCAGAACGUGCGCCAUGAUGAAAAACGCGGAUAUACCAGGCUGUGAGUUCGGAGACAGAUCUACCUGGUGUGAGACCGAUUUAAACCCCCAGUAUGAUUGUCACCUGAACAAAAAACUCUGCUGUGACACCUGCAAACUUGGUGAUCUGUACGGUGGGCAGAGUGGUUACUUUGGGAGCGCACAUCGGGCGAGCACUAUACCACUGAACUACGCCCCUUAUAAAUGAAAGAAUUCACAACACAUUGCUCCACUGCAUGUCAUACAUCCGAGUGCCAUUCUAUUGAAGGUGACGCAAAUGACGCAGACAAUAAUUGCAGUCAAUUCUGAAACAAACCAUCCAGAACCUUGUUUCGCUUGAAUGAGCAUCAUCAUCUUCUCAAAAAUGUACACAUUCAUUUCAUCAGAAUAUUUCAAUCAUCUCUGGACAAAUUUAGCCUAAAUGAUCCACUCCAAACAAGUUUGUUUUGCAUAGACGUCGGAAGUUGCCACCCUCCACCUUCCCCUUGCUUCUGACGCCAAUGUUUCGCUGGAGUGAUCAACCCUUCACAAAUCUGUUUCGCUCAAGCGAUUAUUUUUUUUUUUUUAAAUGACUUCGCUUGGGUGGCUUUUGCUUGGCAAGUUCGUUUCGCUUGAAGGAUCAUAAAUUGACAAAUGUUUUUAGCUUGAAUGAUAUAUAAUCAUUUGACACAGUUGAUUCGUUUGAAGAAUCAUCAUUUGACAGAUUCGUUUCGUUGGAUCAUCCCGUUAGAAAAUCGUUUUGCUUGAGUGAACAUAUUUUAACAAAUGGUUUCGCUUGGCAGAUCAUCAAUCGACAAAUUCAUUUCGCUUCAGUGAUCAUCUCUUGAUAAAUUAAACUCUGGAGUGGUCAUCUUUUGAACAGUUCAAUUGAUCGAGUUCGCCUAUGAAUAACACUAACAGUUAUAGUUUUAAAAUCAUUUGUAACGAUUUAGGAUUCUAUUAUGAAUAACACUAACAGUUAUAGUUUUAAAAUCAUUUGUAACGAUUUAGGAUUCUAUUAUGAAAACAAAAUGAAAUAAAUAUUAGGAAGAAUA